AUGGAUCCCAAUCCAUUUUCCCCACCAGCAAGAGGCAGAAGAGGCAGAUGGGGAAUCAACCCAUUUGCCAACAAUGACAGGAACAGAUCGGGGGUAAACUGGAGGAAUCAUCCAGAUUUCAAAGAAGAGGAAGAACACGGGGAGGAAGUUCUGCCCAGGCCAUACAGAAUGGAGCAUAGGAAUGACCAUGCCUAG